CACCAAUUUCUCACCCCAAUGACCGCGUCUGAACUAUUUUCUAAUGUUUACUCAGGUAUCUCACCAACGAAUACCGCGUGGGGUCGUCUAGCCAGAAGAUUGCCGGGGUUAUUGGGGCUGAUACAAGUUAGAACGGUCGGGUACCGGCAGCUUUAGACCCUACUUAGCAAGCGGUAAUGCUACAGACGUUCCGAAAAGGUCUUGGGGAGUUCGGCAUGACCCUCACCACGCAUUUCCAGCCGUCAGAUAGGGCCAUCCAGUACGUGCGGCUGAAAUGCAAGAAAAUGCAAGCCCAUAGCGAUUUGGCCGUGGAAAUGGCGUUGGCUGCAUCGGUCACGUAUAUGGAUCGGGUCAGACUCAGUCUGGAUAUGGCCCCCUGUAAAGGGAGCGAAGAGGUUAACAUUGGGAAAUCCCCCACUAUCAGCUACGUUAACAACCCAUGGAAAUUCAGCUGAGAGACUGGCCACCGCACCCGUAGCUGUAGUGUACGUUUGUUUAUCUCUCCUCGGUACCACUCAUCACACUCGAUGGAGCAUUCCAGAGCCAAGAUCUCCAGAGCUUCCAAGCUGCGAUAGACGUCCAUGCCAAACAAUUCACCAACAGGAAAGUCUCUACAUUGGUGACCAGCAAGCUCAGGCCACAUUUUGAAUGAAAGCCCGAAAACUGUGGUCUGAGCUUGCUGAGAUAACUUACCGCUCAAUUGUAUUAUUCGAUAUUGAGAAAAAUCAUGUCGGAUAAUCCAGAACUUUCCCUGCCUGCCAAGGCACCGUCGAUGGCACGUUACCACAACGAGCCUAUGACUUUACAUCCAGCAGCUCUCUAUACUCUUGUCGACCUGGAUAACGCAGAGCUUGAAUAUCUCGAGCGCGAAUGCGAAUCUGGGUGUGUCGCCACGGGCAGCGAGCCGGGUACCAGCGUGCGUCUUGCCCCGCGUUCACGCUUUGUCGGCCAAUCGCUGCGCGCCGUCUUUGACUACCAUCUCGAGUUGGGACCGCAAAACACGUUUGAGCCCAGGUACUUUAUCGUCACCUCCGAAAAAGAUUGGCAGACUAAAGGGGUCAUACUGGUAACGCUAGACGAUGACGAGCUUGAUUGCAACGUCGACUCGUUUCGCAUCAAGGCUGCCGAUGCCGGCUUGAGUGUCGUGAAUCUACAAAUUGGGAAUACUUCCUGGGGUGAAGAAAAAGAUGGUUAUGAGCUCCAUCUUAGUAAUGCAGAUGGCGACAAAGAUGACGACAACGACAACGACAACGAGGACGAGGGCGAUGAUGAUGAUGAUGGGCCACCAAGGCCGAGGAAAAAUGUUCCCCUAGGCUACUACGUUCCCAUUUACAUCCAUUCGAGUCUAUCCGAAGAUAAAGUCAUCGCCGACCUGGAGCCAGCGUUCAAAUAUAAAUCGCCCGAGGAAUAUGCCUGCCGCAUCCAAGCCAAACUCACACCUGCACCCUCCACCUCAAACACAGUAUCGACCCAAGACCUCAUCCAGCAAGCUGUCUCCCUACACCCCUUACGCUGUGCAAAGAACCGAUAUCUGCAAAAAGAGUACAUCAUCGUCAUCGAUACAGAAGACCCUAAUGAGAAUGGUAUGCUGAUGAUCAAACUGCCGCCGUGGGAUGCGAACCGCUCAGGGACGACUGAAAAGGCAGACUUACGCCGCAUCGGGGAGGAAUUGGCCCUUGCUACCACUCAGCACAUACGCAUCCCGUAUUCUUGCUACGAAGGACUGCAGACGCGUUUGCUAAUCUUGGCUAAUGGCGAUGCUGACUGGCCGUCAGAAGACGUGCGUGUCCAACCCGUCUUCGUCGUCUUCCAGUACAACACGCACCACAAGGAGCUCGGUUUUGGCGCUAGUUUAAUUGAUACUGGCGCUGCAAAACGAAAGUCUGGCGAGGAUCGACUGGUAUAUGCGCCCGAAGCGGUCAAGCGCGUCGGAGAAGGUCUGGACUUGAUUACAUGGAACUACGAUGAGGCCGUGAGACGAUUUCCUUGGUUUUGCCGGGAGAAGCGUUUCGUCGAGGGCUUGGAUACGACUUAUUUUAUCUGCGUGGAUGGAGACGAUGUGGCUAAGACGGGGGUGUUACUGGUGCUGAGAAAAUGGGACGGGAGUCUGUGGGGCCGGACACGGGAUGAGUUGCUCGGUUUGCCCGUUGAUGGUGUGAAGGACGAAAGAGUCCCUAUUAAGGAAGCGCUUGCUCUCUUGGAAAAGGGGCGAAAGGGCGAAAUAAAUGGGAUGAGUGAAAGCUUAAGAGAUUUCUUUUCGUAAACGCUUAUUUAUAUUUAUCAGAGAGAACCCUUGAUGAUGUCAUACGGAGAGUGAAUGCUAGAAGCAGCAGCAAAACUUAUGUACAGUAGCCGUGCAGUAGUAUAAAUCUAUUAACGCUCAACCUGUGUUAAACAAACCGCUAUACCACUAAAAGGUUAU